GCGCGUUCGUACGCGAGACGGGCGUGUGUGCGUCGGGUCGCGUUUCGGGGGUAGGAGUUGGCUGCACAACCGUCGACUCGUUCACUUCUAUCGGGCCUCUCGCCGGAACAAGAUCCAUUUGCGCAUUUGUUGAGGAACUUGUACUAGUUCAGUUUUCUUUUAAUCACUCAAGAUGGGUAAGGAAAAGACUCAUAUUAACAUUGUCGUGAUUGGACACGUCGAUUCCGGCAAGUCGACCACCACCGGCCAUCUGAUCUACAAAUGCGGCGGUAUCGACAAGCGUACCAUCGAGAAGUUCGAGAAGGAAGCCCAGGAGAUGGGCAAGGGCUCCUUCAAGUACGCCUGGGUGUUGGACAAACUGAAGGCCGAGCGCGAGCGUGGUAUCACCAUCGAUAUCGCCCUGUGGAAGUUCGAGACCGCCAAGUACUAUGUGACGAUCAUCGAUGCCCCCGGACAUCGUGAUUUCAUCAAGAACAUGAUCACCGGAACGUCGCAGGCCGAUUGUGCCGUGCUGAUCGUCGCCGCCGGUACCGGUGAGUUCGAGGCUGGUAUCUCCAAGAACGGACAGACCCGUGAGCAUGCCCUGCUCGCCUUCACCCUCGGUGUCAAGCAGCUGAUCGUCGGUGUCAACAAGAUGGACUCGACCGAGCCGCCAUACAACGAGGGCCGCUUCGAGGAAAUCAAGAAGGAAGUCUCGUCCUACAUCAAGAAGAUCGGUUACAACCCGGCUGCCGUCGCUUUCGUGCCCAUCUCCGGAUGGCACGGAGACAACAUGCUGGAACCGUCCACCAAGAUGCCCUGGUUCAAGGGAUGGGCUGUCGAGCGCAAGGAAGGCAAGGCCGACGGCAAGUGCCUGAUUGAGGCUCUGGAUGCCAUCCUGCCCCCGUCGCGUCCCACCGACAAGCCCCUGCGUCUGCCCCUGCAGGACGUCUACAAAAUCGGUGGUAUCGGAACGGUCCCGGUCGGUCGUGUGGAAACCGGUGUGAUCAAGCCCGGUACCGUUGUGGUCUUCGCCCCGGUCAACCUGACCACUGAAGUCAAGUCCGUCGAAAUGCACCACGAAGCCCUGCAGGAGGCCGUGCCCGGAGACAACGUCGGCUUCAACGUCAAGAACGUGUCCGUCAAGGAACUGCGUCGUGGAUACGUCGCCGGUGACUCCAAGAACGCCCCGCCCAAGGGUGCCGCCGACUUCACCGCUCAGGUCAUCGUGCUGAACCACCCCGGCCAGAUCUCCAACGGAUACACCCCAGUGCUGGAUUGCCACACCGCUCACAUUGCUUGCAAGUUCAGCGAGAUCAAGGAGAAGGUCGACCGUCGUUCCGGCAAGUCCACCGAGGACAACCCCAAGUCCAUCAAGUCCGGUGAUGCCGCCAUCGUCAUCCUGGUCCCAUCCAAGCCGCUGUGCGUGGAAUCCUUCCAGGAGUUCCCCCCGCUCGGACGUUUCGCCGUGCGUGACAUGAGACAGACCGUCGCUGUCGGUGUCAUCAAGGCCGUCUCCUUCAAGGAUGCCGCCGGUGGCAAGGUCACCAAGGCCGCCGAAAAGGCCACCAAGGGCAAGAAAUAGCCGCCAACAGCCCACAUCCUUCUACCUGCUGAGCCCAACACCGCUCACAGCAGCAACAACAACAACAGCAGCAUCAAACAACAUCCGAUGUCCUCCAUCUCGAGACGGCUGACCAACAUCAAAUCGUAUCACUGCUUCCAUCGAAAGG